AUUAUACGUUUGUCGAUUGAAUUGAAGUAAUGGUGACUUGCAAUCGAGAAUGUUGUAUGUAGUAACUGUAAUUAUUUUACAUAAUUUCUUUUCCGCUGAUGCCAUUAAUUCUGGACCGUUCAAGUGUACACCAGUCCGAGUGGGCCCUUGUGCCAAUCCUCCCUUGCCCUUGGACCCAAAUCCAGCGGCGUUGUUCAAUGCAGAGAUUGUAAAUUUAACAAAAAAUAUCAAGGUCAUUCGAUUCAAUGUCACCGUUCUAAGAGAAUCAUUCAGUAAACAGCUAAAGGUUAAAGGCUAUCAUUGGGAGAAUGGGAAGUGGAAAAUACAUUCUUUAGUGAACAAUUUGGCUUGCAACAUAAUAUUCAAGACAACAGUAAGCGUAGUAACUGGUAUGAAGUUUGACAAGAAAACCUGUAAAUUUUUCAAGGGCGCCUAUGUGUUUGAUUUUGACAUCGAUCGUAUAGAACACAUGUGGAUCAAGACGCAAGAGUACGGUCGGAUCAUGUGGAGGCUUGAGAGCUUCUCAUCAGCUGGACUUAUUAACUGUUGGGAAUAUGAGACUCUGGUUGAGCCUAUUUGAUGAUUAUUCAAAAACAAGGCUUUAUUCAUUUUGUAAAAAUGCAUUGAUAUUUUAAUAUAUUUUGGCACAAAUAAGUAAUAAAAUGUUACGACAAAGA